AUGAUAAUUAAUUACGCAAUCAUUGUGGCAUUUUUAAUUAUUGUUUCCUAGAGUCAGUUUUAUACAAUAGAACAAGAGUAUUAUUUCUUUAAUUUAUGUUAUAGCAACCUUGGUUAUCCAUAUGAAUAUGAUUAGAAAUAUGGAUAUUAUUAUGAAAGAAAUAUCUAUUACUAUAUUAUUAGCAACUAUGGCAUCAAUAAUUUAUAGGAUGAUUAUGCAAUUGGAGGUAUUAUUUAUAAAAAAUUAAGUUUGGGUGAAUCCUGUAAGAGAUUUUAAUAUAGCAAUAUUUAUCAUGCAAAUUAACUAAAACUAUAUUUGUUUAUCAUAUUAUAACUAAAACAUUUAUGUCUAUAUCAAAAAUUUAGGUGUAAAAUGGACUUCAUAACUUAAAAAUCCUAAUUCAUGGUUAUAUGUGUUUUAUACACAAAAUUUAAUAAAGGCAAAUAAAUAAAUUUGUUAUAUUGAAAUCGAUAAUGGUUUUGACCAUUAUUGUUAUAAAUUGCCAUAAUUGGAUUACUCAUCUUUUGGUUUUGUUUAAUAAAAUUAAGAUUUAUGGAAUUUCUUUUCCUCAACUUAUUAAUUUAACAUUUAUAAUUUUAUUGGUGAGGCUAUUUCUAUUACCUUAAAAAAAAUGUCAAUCUUAAACGAUGAUAAUAUUCAGAUGUUUGAUUAAAUAACUUUAUUAUCAUAUAUUGAACCUGAAGUAGUUUUAGAUUUAAAAAUAUAUGAAAGAUAUCAGACAUAAAUUUUAAAAGAUUAUAGCCAUUAUUAACAUAUAGUAUAAAUGGGAUAAUCUUUGGAUUAAGAUUAAAAUGAUCCAUAAAUAAUAAUUACUAAUAAUUCAUUAUCAUUUGAUAACAGUUAAUACAUAAAGAUUGAUAAUUUCAUAAUUUCCAAAUCUAUAACAAUAGAAUUAUAAUUAUCUUCAAAUUUAACAUCAGGAGUGUUAACUAUACUUACAUUCCUCUCAAAAAGAAAAUCAUUAUCUUUAAUGUAGAUUUUAAGUGAUUUUGAUACAAAAAAAAUAAUAGUAAAAUUUGUGUAGGAAGAAGUUGAAUUUUAGUGUUCUAUAAAUUUUGAAUAAAAGUUUAUGAUAGGAAUAGUAAAUUUGAUAAAUUUAAAUUAUGUUUUAUUAAUUUAAAACAAUACGAUUGCAAAGUCUAAUAUAUAUUUAGAUAAGUUUAAUAUAUUUAAUACAGAUACUUUAGAAAUAGGAUCAGAUCAAAGUAUAUAUAUUAUAUAACAAACUAUUAGAUUAAAAUUAAGAACCAUUUUAUAUUUAAAAUAUUAGAAUUAGUAAUGGAUUUUAUUCACCUUAUUAAAAAAUAAUGGAUGGUAUUUGUACAUAUUCUAUUGAUUAAUGUUUUUAUUGUUUAAAUGUAAAAAAUAAAAUGUUAUAUUAAGGGACAAUAUUUAUUUUAAGGUUAAUGUAUAUAAGUGUGCCCAGUUAAUUAUGUAAUAAAUGAAUUACGUAAAGAAUGCAUACCUUAAUGUCAUUCUAGAUGUAGUGAUUGUGAUAUAACAAAUCCGACUUAGUGUUUAAUUUGUGCUGGUAUUAGAAUAAAUGCACCAUAUUGUAAAUGUCCUCCAAGAUAUUUUGAUGAUGGAAUUUCACCUGAAUGUAUCAGUAAUUAAUAGAUAUAAAUUUAUUAUUAGAAUAUUUACCUGAUCUAACUGUUGAUCAAGGUACGAAUGAAUUUAAAUGUUCUAAUUAAACAGAAAUAGUUUAAUAAAUAAGUUUUCUUAAGAAUUAUUAAUCACUUCCUUAAGUUGCAAUAAGCUUAAUAGGACAUGUAGAUUAUUCAUAAUCCAAUGAAUUUUAAGUUUUUGUUGAAAGCAUUUACACAAAUUAUUUUAAUUUAAAAGCAAUUUGUAAGAACUCUGAUGCUAGAUUUAAGAUAUAAUGGGUAGCUGGAAAAAGCAGUAGAUUUUUAAAGGUUUUACAGAAUCAUUAUUCAGGAGGACUAUUAAGUUAUUCAGAAAAUUAUGGAAAUUAAAAUAACAUAACUGGUAGUAUUUUAGGAUGGUGUUUAAUAGAGCAAUUAAAUAAAAUAGAUUUAAUUAUGUAAUAACAGUCCUCCUAAUAGUUUCUAAUCUCAUCCGAUCAAUAAUUAUGUUUAAUAAAAUAUUAAAUCUUUGAAUUUAAUAAUUAUACCUAUUAUUCAUUUAAUCAAAUGUUUAAUCAAUCAAAAUUAUCAACAGGAUUUUCAAUAGGAGGUUCAACAAUUUCAUUUAAUGUUUAAUAAAUUCCUUUAAGCAUUCCAACAUUUUUAUCAAUAAAUAGAAUAAAAUGUCAGUAAUCUAAUUAACCUUUAUAUUACCUUACUGAAAAGAAAAGACCAAAAUAAGUAUAGUAUAGUUUGAAAACAAAAUAAUUGGCAAGUUUUGAUUAUUUAUAAGCGAAUCUUAUAUAUUUAACGAUAGAAUGUAGUAAUCCAUUUAAAUCUUGUGAUUAUAUAGAGGAAUUACAAAAAUGUAAUAAGGUGUUAUCUGAUUGUUCUUGUAGUCAAUACUAAUAUCUAGAUAUUGAAUAUAAUGUUUGUGUAGAUUGUGAUCCUAGAUGUUUAAGUUGUAAUUUAAAUUAUAAAAAUUGUAUAUCUUGCACAGUAGAAUCAAAAAAAUAAUUAGUUUUAAAUCCUACUAAUCAAUAUAGUUAUUGUGAAUGCUUAUAAACUUAAUACGAAGAUAUUCAUGGAAUUUGCCAAGACUGUGAUUUAAAUUGUUAUUAAUGUUAAUUUUCAUCAACCAACUGUAUUAGUUGUGGUAUUUAUUAAACAUUGAAUCUAAAUAAUUAAUGUGAAUGUUAAGUUGGUUAUUUAUAAACAAUCAAUGGAUGUGAAAGUAAAAAUUAAUUCAAAUAUUUAGGGUGUCAUCCAACUUGUACAACAUGUAUUAAUUAAGAUGAUUGUUGCUAUUCAGUGGAAUUCAAAAAAUUAAAUAUAAUAACUAAUUCUUGUGAUUGUUAAGAUGGAUAUUAUUAUUAUUAUCUAUCAUCAAAUAUUUGUUUAGGUAUCUAUAUGAUAAUUAUAUUAGAAUGCACAUCUCCUUGUAUAAAUUGUAUAAAUACAUCUACAGAAUGUUUAAAUUGCAUUUCUUUAAAUAUGAUAAUUGUCAAUAAGGUUUGUACUUGUCCUUCAAAUUAUUACAUGAAUUCUAAUUUUACAGAUUGUAUUUAAUGUCAUUCUACUUGUUUAACUUGUAUUGAUUCUAAUAAUUGUUGUUUUGCAAAUGAAUAUAAAUAGCUAGACUCUAAUUAAAAUGUUUGUAAAUGUAUAGAUGGUUAUUUUGAAUCUAAUGGAAUUUGUUUAUGUAAUUUAAUUAAAAUUAUAUGAUAUAGAAUGCAAUAAUUAUUGUUUAACAUGUUAAAUUAAUCCUAGUAAUUGUUUAAGUUGUAAUACAAACUUGAUAUUAUAUUAAUCAGAAUGUAAAUGUGAGAAAUCAAAUCAAUUUAUAAAUAAUAUAGGUUAAUGUGAAGGUAAUCAAUUCUAUCAAUCAUAUAUUUUUAGAUUGUUCAAAUAAUUGUUUAACUUGUUCAAUAAAUGCUUCAAAUUGCUUAAGUUGUGAUAAAACUAAAAAUUAUUAACUUAUAAAUGGUGAAUGUACAUGUAAUACUAAUUAAUAUCUAAAUGAAAAUAAAGUUUGUUCUGAUUGUCAUAAUACUUGUAUAUCUUGUAUAAACGAUUCAGAAGUUGGAUGUUUAGGUUGUAUAUUUUUGAGAAAAAUGAAUCAUGAAAAUAAAUUAUGUUAAUGUAUAGAUGGAUAUUUCUAAAAUGAGAAUAAAGAAUGUAUUAAAUGUAAUGGUAAAUGUGAAAAAUGUAAAUCAUAUAAUGAAUGUUUAACAUGUUCUAAUAAUCGAUCAGUAAAAUAAGAUAGUUUUUAAUGUAUAUGUAAUGAUGGAUACUUUGAAAAUAAGAAAGAAAUUUGUUAAAGUAUAUAAAUUAAUAUAAUUAUAGAAUGUUCUCCUCCUUGUUCUUCUUGUAUUAAUACUAAAGAUUGUUUAAGUUGUAUAGAUGGUAAUAAUUAUUAAUUUAUUUUAAAUAGAAAAUAGAUAAGUAAUAUAGUCUAGAUGUGAAUGUAUAUAAGGAUAUUUUGAAAAUGAAUAGUAUAAUUGUGAGAAAUGUACAUCUAAUAAAGGUAAGGUAAAUGAUAUUUGUAAUUAUAUUAAUUGUGGAGAUGGCGAAUUAACUAAAGGAGAAUAAUGUGAUGAUGGUAAUUAAAAUAGUAGAGAUGGUUGCACUAAUUGUAAAAUUGAUUAAUAUUUUACUUGUGUAAAUAAAAUAUUAUCAAGAUCUAUUUGUUUUUAAUGUGUUGCCAAUUGCUAAUCAUGCACUAUAAAAAAUUUUAAAAAUACUUGUGAUUUAUGUUUUGAUGGCUAUUAUCUUAAAGAUAAUGAAUGUAAUAAAUGUUAAAGUAGUUGUAAUACUUGUAUAAAUUAAAAAACUUGUUUAACAUGUUUGAUUAUCAAUUCUUAGCCUGAUGAAAAAGGACAAUGUCCAAAAUGUAUAAAUUAAUAAGGAUAUUACAUUAUUAAUCGUUAAUGUAUUUAAAAAUGUGGAGAUGCUAUUCUAACUGAAAAUGAAUAAUGCGAUGAUGGAAAUUCUCUAAAUGGAGAUGGUUGUAAUUCUUAAUGCUAAAUUGAAAAGUAUUAUACAUGUUCUCAAACAACUUGUAUUCAAAUACCUUAACCUUAAAUUAAUGCUACUUAUGUAAAUUCUACUACUUCAGAUAGUAUGAUUAUCAAAUUUCCUAUAGAUUAAGGUAAUCCUUGUAUUAAUAUUCAUAUUACAAUAGAUAAUUUCCUUCCUAUUGAUUUUGAAUUUACUAAUAAAUUUGAAUAAUAUGAUGAUCAAAUAUCUUUAUGUAAUAUUGAUUUUAUAUUCACAAAAACAAUUGAUGUUGCAAAUCUUAUACACAUAUUUAUACCAAUCUAAUUAAAAUUAUAUAGAAAUCUAAUUGAAGAAGAAACAAGAGAAAUUAUAAUAACUCCAAGAAAAAAAAUUAUUUACUCAGAAAAUUAAGUCUAAUAAGCUAAAACUGCUAGUGAUACUUAAUCAAUAAUUGGAGAUAUGCUUUAUUUUAUAGCUCCUGCUGCCAUAUUAUUAGGAGGAUUUAAUUUCUUUUGGACUAUUAUGGAUAUUUUAAGUUGGAUUAAUAAUUUAUACUACAUUAAUAUUUAUUUCCCUGAAAAUGUUAGAAUGUUCUUUCAAAAUACAGCAUGGGGAGAUUUUAUAAUAUUCCCAACCUUUUUUAUAAUUAACCAAUCUACUGAUCCUUAUUACAUUGAAAGCCCAACUAAAUUUAUGGAAAAAGGAGUAGACCCCAUCUUUCUAAAUAAUACAUGGACGUGCUUUGCUAUCAUUAUUUUAACUAUAAUCGCUUAGAUCAUAUCUUAUUUAUUAUUAUUUAUCUUAGAAUGUAUAUGGCCUCCUUUAAAAUAAACAAAGAAAUAAGUUUAAGUAUCAUUCAAUAAAUUCUUCUCUUUGAAUAAUACCAAAGUUUAUGCAAAUGAAGUAGCUUAAAAUAGAUAAAAUUCUUAAAUUCAAAUAAAAGCUACUCAUGUUCUUAUUUAAAAAAAGAGAUUCCCUGAUUUUAUAAAUAAAAUUUAUCAACCUUUAUAUGAGUUUAAGAUCAACUUUUUAUCAAAUUUCAUUAAAUCCUUAAACUUAACCUUUUUAGAUUUAGUAUUAGCUAUUAUUCUAUAAAUUACUACAGUUCCAAAAUACCUUUUAGAUUAUUCAAUUGUGUUAAUCAAUCAAAUUUUAUCAUAUAUUAGUAUUGGAAUCUGUCUCUUCACUCUUUAUUUAUCAUACAAUGUUACACUUAAACAUCAUUCACUUUUGGAUCAUAAUAUAUAUAAAAAUUAAUAUGGUACUUUAUAUGAAAAUAUUAAUACUAAAUCUAGUACAGCUUUGAUGUAUUCAUUUAUAAAUUUGAACAGAAAAGCCUUGUUCAUAAUUGUAGUUGUGUACUUUUAUUAUCAGCCUCUAUUAUAAACAUUAUUCUGUUGUUUUAUUAGUUUUUUAAAUAUUGCUUUAAUGAUUUAUGAAAAUCCAUUCAUAUCUAAAAUUUACCUUAUUUAAAAUGGAAUUCCAGAUUUUUGUAUCUUUUUAUUAAUGCUUUUAUCAACAGGCUUUGCACUUGAUGAUAUAGUAUAUUAUUUCUUUAUAAUUUAGACUGGUUUUCUGAGUUCUGAAAUUAAAUUUUAAUUAGGGUGGGUGAUGAUUGCAAUUAUAGGAUUAUCUAUUGUUAUUUAAUUUGUAUUUUUAUUAAAAGAGUUUACAACCAAUAUAUAUGAGAAAUAUUUAAUAAUUUCUCAAAAAAUAUAAAUGUUGUUAAAAUCUAGAAAAAAUGAAUGA